GCUAUCGCGCGGAGGGGAGGAUGGCUCUGGCGUGGCGCGUGCGGUUGUUGUCGCUCAAACGUCUGUUGCUCGUGGCGCCUGCACGGGACUUGGCAGUCCGCGGUCCGGAUGAGCCUCUGCCGGUGGUUCGCAUUCCGCAAGCUCUCCAGCGGCGGCAAGAACAGCGGCAGAAAGGGCGGCGGAGCGCCCCGCGACCGGUGCUAGUGCGACCUGGCCCGCUGCUGGUCUCCGCGCGGCGGCAGGAGUUGAACCAGCCGGCGCGCCUCACGCUGGGGCGUUGGGAGUGUGCUCCGCUCGCUUCGCGUGGCUGGAGGAAUCGGCGCGCGAGCGGGGACCACUUCGCUAUCGAGCGUGUGCAGCAUGAGGUACCAGCCCUGCGGAAUGUCUCGUCCGAGAGGGGCUUCGCGGAACUGGGCCUGGAGCCCCAGAUGCUGCACGCAUUGCAGGAGGCUGCGCCCAAAGUUAUUCGGCCCACGACGGUGCAGUUGAGCACCAUUCCUCCGCUCCUUCGCGGCCGCCACAUCCUUUGCGCUGCAGAAACCGGCAGUGGCAAGACUCUCAGCUACCUGCUGCCUCUGCUUCAGCGGUUACUGGCCCGGCCCAGCCUGGACUCCUGCCGUGUCCCUGCUCCCCGGGGUCUGGUCCUUGUUCCUUCCCGAGAAUUGGCCGAACAGGUGCGGGCAGUGGCCCGGCCCUUGGGCAGCUCCUUGGGCCUGCAGGUGCGGGAACUAGGAGGAGGCCACGGCAUGAAUAGGAUCAGGCUGCAACUAUCCAGACAGCCUCCAGCAGAUGUGCUCGUGGCCACUCCGGGGGCUCUGUGGAAAGCCCUGAAAAGGCAACUGCUCAGCCUGGAACAGCUCUCCUUCUUGGUGUUGGAUGAGGCAGACACACUGUUGGAUGAAAGCUUUCUGGAACUAGUGGACUACAUCUUAGAGAAGAGCAAUAUAGCAGAAAGCCCAGCUGACUUAAAAGACCCCUUCCAUCCCAAAGCUCAGCUGGUGCUGGUGGGGGCCACAUUUCCCGAAGGUGUGGGCCAGCUGCUGAGUAAAGUCACCAAACCAGACUCUCUCACCACCAUCACCAGCUCCAAGCUCCACUGCAUCAUGCCUCAUGUCAGACAGACAUUUAUGAGGCUGAAGGGAACAGAGAAGGUGACUGAGUUGGUACAGAUCCUCAAGCAGCAUGACAAAGCAUAUAAGACUGGCCAAUCGGGAACUGUUCUGGUCUUCUGUAAUAGCUCCAGCACAGUGAACUGGCUGGGAUAUAUUCUGGAUGACCACAAAAUCCAACACCUAAGGCUGCAAGGGCAAAUGCCAGCCUCAAUGAGGGCAGGCAUCUUUCAGUGCUUCCAGAAGGGUUCCCAAGACAUACUUCUCUGCACAGACAUAGCCUCUCGGGGCCUGGACAGUACCCGUGUAGAGCUGGUCGUCAAUUAUGAUUUUCCCCUCACCAUGCAAGACUACAUCCACAGAGCAGGGAGGGUGGGUCGUGUGGGGAGUGAGGUGCCAGGAACCGUCAUCAGCUUUGUGACCCAUCCCUGGGAUGUGAGCCUGGUUCAGAAGAUUGAGCUGGCAGCUCGCCGGAAAAGAAGCCUUCCAGGACUACAGUCCUCGGUGAGAGAGCCUUUGCUCCAGCAAACCUGAUUUUGGCUGGCUAAAAUGUGAUGCCAGAACAGGAUUUUUGCUGCAGGGUGGGGGUGGGGAGUACACUUGUCAAUAGGAAGCGCUAGGCUGCCCUGUCACCAUCUUGAGGGCCUGGUGAGCUGCUGUCUGCCUUCAGAAGGGAAGUUGCUGGCCAGCAUUAGGCGGUGAGCUACUGAGCAUGUGUUUCUGUCUUUCACAUGGUGUGUGAAAAAUAAAGUGGAUUUUGCCUUUGUAUCACGUCAUGAUUUCUUACACUAAGUGAUGUUAUGAAUAAUACCAUACGGGUUGCCCCUAAUAAUAAUUACCAUUUGGGUAGAAUUUAGGGGAUUCUGAGAUGAUUCAGACCCCAAACUACCACCUGUGAGACAGACUCUUUCAGUUGGUGUUUUAAUUUGUAAACAUUCAGAUUUCAUUUCCUGUCUCCCAAAAGUAUCCAUUAAACCCUCAGGGAAAGGGAAAAGGGGAUGUGAGUAGCAGUAGAGUUUUUCUACACCAACAAUGCCCAAGGCAAGCUUGGCCACUCUUGGGAUCUCUCAGGAAAUACUGGCAAAACAAGUAGCCUGACAUAGAAGUGUUGCUUGCUGUGCAUUUCCAAACUCUACCUUCUAACCCAUCUCUCAGUGGCCAAGGAUUAAACUGUUUUACAAAACUAGUAAAAUAAGCAUGUAGCAUUCACUCAUUAUCUUCCUGGGCUGCAGUCUCUGCAGUAAGCUUUGCCUGAAGUAAAGAACAUUGGAGAGGCAAAUACACUAUUCGUGA